UUGAGAGAAGGUCCCCUACACGCAAUAUCAGCUAAAAGCGAGUACACAACUUUAUACACACGCGCAAGUACGCAUACUCCCCCCAACUCAUUCAGUCCAAAAGGACAGAAGUCGUAAAUUAAGGAAAGAGGAGAAAUUUUCAACCCAUUUUCACUUUUUUCUUCGGAGCGAAAGAAAUCAAAAAGAAAAGAAAAAAAACAAUUCGAUCUCAUUUCAUUUCCCUCUAUUUUUCUCUUCGAUUUCUCACUCUUGGAGGGAAAACAGAAAUUUUCGAUCUACUUUCAAAAAUAUUCUACUGAUUAAUUUAAUAAAACCUCAAAAAAAAAAAAAAAAUCACUCUCCUCUCCUUACUAAAUUGCUGCUAGCAGCUCAACUUUGAAUCUUCAGGUGGGGAUAAAUCCUCCCUUAAUGUGCAAUGCAGACCAAGAAGAAAGCUGCGAAAAAUUCUCGAGAACUUGGUAAUCCAAGGGUUACAAGACAGCAAAAGAAACUGGUCGAUAAUGUGCAAGUCCAGUCGAAGAAAGUUACGGAGCUAAUAACAUCUUCUGCUAGGAAGAAAAAAGUCGUUGGCACUCUUACAAAGGCAAUCGAGCAGCCUGUUGAUGGAACAAAUCUGGAUACCAAAUUCACGUCGGCCGAAGUUGAUGAUUCCAAUAUAUGUUUGGACUACCGUGCUGAGCACGAAUUUCAUAAUUCUUUUGUAAAUAAGGAGCACGAUGAUAGGGCUGAUAGUUCCGUAUCGGACACCAUAUUUUCUCCUACGUUUCACAUUGCAAGAAGUGCUGGAGGAGAAGUUUCGAGGGAAGCAGAUUUCUAUAAUUUCUUUCAGCAUGGCGACCAGCAGUUUCAAGACUGCUGGAAAGAUAACAUCCAAAUGGAUUACCCUGGUGUUGGCACUCUUUCGCCUGAAGUUUCAGCUAUAUAUCUCUCCAUGAAGAAUUCAAAUCUAGAAUGCAUUGACGAGAACAAUCAGGAUCACAUGUCGGCAGAUGUACGUCAGGAGGAGGAAGCUGCUGCUGCUGCUGCUGAAGAAUAUGAUGAUUUCGACCCUUACUUUUUCAUAAAGAAUUUACCAGAGUUGUCAUCUGUGGUCCCCACAUUUCGGCGUUUGCUAUUGCCUAAACAAACAAGAAGCUGCCCAUCAACCUCACUUGUUCUCGACUUGGAUGAGACAUUGGUGCACUCUACACUUGAGCCGUGUGACGAUGCAGAUUUCACUUUCUCUGUUAAUUUUAACCUAAAGGAGCACACAGUGUAUGUCCGAUGCCGCCCUCAUCUUAAAGAUUUCUUGGAGAGGGUGUCGAGUCUUUUUGAGAUUAUUAUAUUUACUGCUAGUCAAAGCAUUUACGCCGAGCAACUCCUAAAUGUUCUUGACCCAAAGAGGAAAAUCUUUCGCCACCGCGUUUAUCGCGAGUCCUGUGUCUUUGUCGAUGGGAAUUACCUCAAAGACCUCUCGGUUCUUGGCCGUGAUUUGUCUCGUGUCAUUAUAGUCGACAAUUCUCCUCAGGCUUUUGGUUUCCAAGUGGACAAUGGAGUACCAAUUGAAAGCUGGUUCGACGAUCGGUCCGAUACAGAAUUAUUAUUAUUGCUUCCUUUCUUGGAAAGUUUAGUCGGAGUUCAAGAUGUGAGGCCUCUUAUUGCCGGAAAAUUCAAUCUCCGGGAGAAAAUAGCAGCGGCAGUUUGCCCUCUAGAUUACAAUGAAGGAGAGCCCAUUUGAAAAAAAAAUUAAAAUAAAAAGAGCUCUAGAAUUAAUACGGAGAAGAUAAAUAAUCCCACCGGUAAAAGCAGUAUGAUCACAGGCCAUUUGAGGGUUCUGCUGCUCUUGCGCUCCUCACAUCUCUCUUGCUCUAACACUUGGACCGAAGUUGGUUAGGGUCUUGGAAAUUUAACCUUUGUUGGAGAAAAUAAUUUAGUUGAUACGACGCUCGGACAAUCUUUUUUUUAAUUUUAAUUUUCAUUUUAUUUUUUAAAUGGAUGGUCUAUUUAUUCCCUUGGAUUUUGUUGUUCUUUAUACAUGGUGAACUUUGUAUUUGUGCAUUGUUUCAUUCGGUGUUACUUUAUACUUUCGGCAUGUGUGUUUUGAUGUUUUGAUCGAUAUGUUGUGUGUUUAUCAAUUCAAUACUUUGCUGA